AUGACACAGCCAGCCAAGUCAGGGGCAGGCGGAGAGGCUCCGCGACGACGCAACGAUUUGCCUUCGGAGAUCCUCGAGAUCGUUAGUCCUGCCCUUCGCGUCGGUGGCCUUUCUGGAACGUCUGGAUUACUUUUCGGUGGGUUUGCUGGUGUCAUCCGCUCUAAUACCCCAUUCCUCUUUGCAUUAGCAUCAGGAAUUCAGUGGUCGGUUCUUGGAGGCACCUUUUGGGGUACGGGCGUCCAAUCCUCUGUCCUAACUUCGAUUCCACUGCUAACACGCGCUCUGUCCGUAGCCUCAAGAGGGGCAGUACUUCAUGCCUGGGGAAAGGAGCAAGUCACCCCCAAUGAAAAAGUAUCAGCGAGUGCAAUAGCUGGAAGUAUCGCAGGAACAGCAGGUGGUCUCCUACGUGGAAGGAAAAAUGUGAUUCCAGGAGCAGUCAUGUUUGCCAUUUUCGGAGCCACAGGCCAGGCUUUGUAUAACAUGGCCGAUGCCCGCAACUCGGAGCUAGCGCUGGCACCGGAAAGGGACCUCAAGGACUCGUGGUUGAACUCAAAAUGGAGUCCUAUGAAAGUUCUGUCCGAUGCCGAGUACGAGAAAAUGUUGCAGGAGAAGCUCCUACGUAUCAACGCGGAGAUUGCGCUGGUUGACGAGAACAUUGAGGCUCUGCGGAGCGAGGAACGCGAGAUGGCCGCCGAGAAGUCGCUGGAAAAGUCAAAGGUCUCGAAAGUGAAGUAG